CUUUUCGCUUUCUGAAAUCGUCGUCCCGGAUUCCGGCCCCGGAGCGCUUUGGGCGCUAGUACCGCGAUAGUCCUGAGUAGCAGCAUCAGCAGCAUAGGAGACCAGUUUCGGUGUGCUUGUGGUGAUGUCCAUCCUCAGUGCAGGAUCAAGAGUACUACUAUUGAAUGUAGCGAUCUUCAAGCGAGCGUGAAUUGAGUGCAGUUGAGUUGUGAAGCGAGUGCAAAUAAGCAAAUCGAGUUUAUGAUAAAUAUUUAUAUCACGUUCGAGGAUCGCGAGGAAGUGAUCUUCAUUUGUGCGAUUGCGAUUGAGUGAUCAACGCUCGCGAUCAGGAAAAGUGUACGGAGUGUCUGUGAGUGUACGCUGUGGUGUGUAACAAUGAUUAAAACGGAAGAGCACAUGGAUACCGCGAGCUCGAUCGUGGAUGUGCAAGAAGACCAGGGAUUGAUGGGAAGUGGUGGUGGUGGUGCUGCUGCUGCUGCUACUGGGAGUCCUGGAUACCAUUACCGUACUCUAUCGUCCAACAUAGUGAUGGCCACUCCGCACAUCAUCGAGAAUCCGGCAGCGCAGGGCUUGCAGGAUGAUCGAUCGAUGAUGAAUCAUCACUAUCAUCAUUACUAUCCUCACCAUGGAUCGCACACGAUCGGACACCCAUCGCAGCACCAUCAUCAUCAUCAGCAACAACAGCAACAGCAGCAGCAGCAGCAGCAGCAACAGAAUCACCACCAUCACCUUCAGCAGCACCACCAUGGCCAGCAGCAGCAGCAGCAACACCUCCAGCAUCAUCAUCACAUUCAUCAGCCGGAGCAACAGCAUCAUCAUCAUCAUCCAGCCGGUCAGCAGCACGAUCUGGACGUCAAGGACGAGAUGGACGAUGGACGUCAUUCGCCGUCGAUCGCGCAAUACCAGACCCAUACCGGUGGUCCGGUGGAGCUAAAAUCCGACUCGGAGGGUGGUAAAAUACCGUCGAUGUACCAUCACCAUCCUCCUCACCACCACCACCACCCACAUCCGUUUGAGAAGAUCUCCUCGUACUACAUCAAUCACCGUUCGUCCUACCACCUCAUCGCCCCGGUAAACGAUGAUCCGUUGAGUGAUGGCGCAGUGUUGGCCGACGGGAUGACCAACUCUCGGCUACCACCGUCGGCCACCGGUACCUAUCUGCUCGAGAGUACGAUCAACGGGUUGAAACUGUCGAGUGGUGAAUCCCUCGGUCCAACGGCCGUUCAAUCGAUGAUGGGUUACGGUGUGGCGGUGUCGUGUGCAGAUCUUGGUGGUUCACUUCAGCAACAGCGAAGCCGUAGUAAUGGUAGUAGCGCUGGAACUGUUUCACCAAUUUCUUCCUCAACGACAUCGAUCGUCACGAAUCCGUUCGCCGCCGGGGCAGGACAUGGGAAUCAUCAUUCGCAUCUGCAGCAACAGCAACAGCAACAUCAUCAUGCGAUGCAGCAUCAGUUGCAACCGGAAUCGCAUGACAGCACGGGAUCGAUGGCGGGCGAGACAACGCUAAACUGUGAACCGAGUGUCGGAAGUUCCGCUGGCGGUGGUGGUCCCGGGGGACACUCGGUACCUAAAUCGUCCUCCAUGUCCCCGGUCAGUCCGUUAGGUUCGCCUGGUUCGAGCACGACACCACCGGUGAGUGGCGGAGGCGCUGUUGUUGCUACUUCGUCUUCUUCCGGUGGCACUGUGCGAAAGGCAGGAAGUUCCAGUGGCAGCGGCAGUGGCAGUGCUGGUGGUGGUGGUGAGCAACAGCUUAGUAGUACGACACCACCAGACGGGCAGAAGAAAGCGCACGGUGGCCGACGGCAGGAGAAACCGCAGCUCAGUUACAUCAACAUGAUCGUGAUGGCGAUCAAGGAUUCGCCGCAUCGGCGCCGUACACUCAGUGAAAUCUACAAGUAUCUACAGUCAAAAUACGAGUUUUUUAAUGGCGAGUACAACGGAUGGAAAAACUCGGUCCGUCACAAUCUGAGCCUGAACGAGUGUUUCAAGAAGCUACCGAAGGAGUGCGGCAAACCGGGCAAGGGUCACUACUGGACGAUCGAUGCGUCGGCCGAGUACAUGUUUGAGGACGAGGGUAGCUUACGGCGACGGCCUCGUGGAUUCCGUCGUAAGCAGCAGCUCAAGGGGUACGGUCCACCUGGUAGUGCGUUCUAUCCGACCGGCAAUUCCGGAUACGAGCUGACGGAGCUCCCCGGAAGUUACCUCACACAAUCGUACGCUGCCGCGGCCGCAGCCGGCUAUGCGACGGAUUACGGAAACAUUCCGUCAGGUUCUGGUGCUUCGAGCGGUGCUACCGGUGGCAAUCCUGGUUCCGUUUAUGGUGAGCAAGGUGGAGCAGCAGCAGCAUCCGUUGUCGGUCCUUCCUGGCACUAUCCCGUCGGUGAUCCGUCCGGGCUGGGGCACUACUCGAAGAUCACGCACACGUCCCUCCACGAGACAACACCUCCUUCGUCAUCAUCAUCGUCAUCACUCGUCACCGGCAACGGGGUAACACCCGUCGGAUCACCGGGCUCAGCAUCAGUGGCUGGUGGUAAUGGUAGCACGGUGGCGACACUGGAUUACGGUGGAUACACAUUCACCGGAACGGGCUCAUCGCCACACUACGGUCUCGAUACUGGAUUGAAGAUGGCGUCACUCGGACAAAUGGUACCAUCCGUUGCGACCUCAUCGACCGGUGCGACCACACCGUCCUCCAGCUCCGUUCCUCCCGUUGGAUCUCCUUCACUCGCGACGCUCGUCAUCUCGCACGCAGCCUCCUCGGAUGGAUCCGGUACACCGACACCGGUCGGUGGCGUUCUGGUAACCACGGACAACAGUUCGACAACCGACGGCAACUCGAUGGAGUGUAAGACAACGGCUGGCAGCUAUGGACUUGCGGUGGGGCAUUCUACGCCGGCGAUUGGUCAGUUGCACCAUCAUCAUCAUCAUCAUCAUCAUAAUCUGCAGCAACAGCAACAACAGCAACACCAGCAGUCACAGCAGCAGCAGCAGCAGCAACAGCAUCAUCAUCAUCAUGCUCAUCUUCACACACAUGCACACCUGUACGGUGGCAAUCACCUGAACCUAGCGGCGCCAUACUGACCGCGGUGCGUGCUUACGUGCGUCCGUCCGAGUGAGCGGCCAUCUUGCGAAGGUGAAACAUAGGCAGCAAACGGCAAUUAAGGACCGGUUUGAGGUGCCCAGAUGGGAGCAGCAGCAGCAGCAGCAUGGAAGACAUUAAUGGCUGCCAUUUCGUCUCUGGCAGGUGAAUUGCGGAUGGCGGACGUUUGGGAACUGAGGGAAUGUGGUUAGUGAGUAAGGUGCAGUCGUAGCGGUCGUGGUUCUUUGUAGAUAGAAACGGUUUGACCUCUUUUUUUGUGAACUUUAGGAUAGAUCGAGAUAAUAAACCAAAAACUGGUACUAGUUCGAUCGCGGUGCCUUUUAACAUGGAUGGUUUAUCAAGUUGGUAUUUUUCAAGUCAAGUAUUUUUUUUCGAAAACUAUG